UAGUUGGCAAUAUUAUUGCACAUUCAAUAAAGUUCUUUGAUCAGCUCUAACAUCAUUUUACCUUUCUUCUUCAGCUUCGGCCUCCCGUUCCUGCUUCUUCCUGGCCCUGUCCCUUAAUAUGUGAGCUUUAAGCACCAACCACUUUUGCUGGUUUCUAUCGGGAACUUCAGCGUUUUCCUCUUCAUUUUCGUUGGUUUCCUCGUUGGUAGAAACAUUUACAUUGGUAUUUGCAGUACCUUCUUCUACAGCUGCUGGCAUUGCGAGUGAAUUUUAGAUAAAUGAGCCACCCAAAACCACUUUGAACCGUUUUGUUUGUAUUCUUUAUUAAGUUGUAUUGUUGCAAACUCAAAAUAGUUACUUUAUUAUUAUUGAUAAUUAAGAUUAGGAGGAAAAUUUAAAAAAACUAUUCAUUAUUCAUUAUUUACAUACAACUAUACCAUACACAAAAAAAAGUGGACAAUAAUGACAUUCAAGUCAUUUUGACAUUUUAUUAUUCCACGCUGUUGCCAAGCUAAAAUUUAAAUAAUAAUCACGACUCCGACUCAAACUGUGAAAAUUUCUAAUAAAAUUAGUUCCACUAGAAGCCCAAAUUGAUAUUAUAAUUGUUUGAAAUAUCCACUUAUUAAAUUAAUAAUUAAAAUUCCAAAAUAAAAGUGACGUCUUAAAAUGUACAUCUGGCAUCAGUGCAAUUAUUUGUAUUGACACUGCCUCGUAUUGAUCAACAAUAAACAGCUGUUUCUACCACAAUAAUAUUUUGACAUUCUGCUUUCUUUUUAGCAGAUUCAAUUAUUCAUUUUCACUUUAAAUAAAUACAAAAAUUUCAGUGAAAGCCAAUUCAGUCACGCUUCAUAGACAGGUUAAGUUUCCUGAUUGUCCAACAAUCAGUCAAAAUCAAACCAUUAUUAACGAUUUACGCACAAAACAACAACCUUGAAAUUUUCUCCUUUGUGUUGCACAAUUUCGCAUUUCCAGUUUACUUCCGACGAAAAUAGCGUAUCCCGACCCCAUUAUUUCGCUGGCUGUAGUCGCGAAUGUACUAAAAUUAAUUGAGCCCCAAAAUGAGCGGAGAAAGGAGUGAGCCUCAAGACACCGGAGGACCUGCAAGGAUUCGCACUACUAGUGAGUGUUCUAUGGCUAGUGAUGACGGGGCAGCUUCUGGAUUUACAGGACGAAGAAUAUUCCCUACAUAUUUUCUAGCUGAUGAUAAACGACAAAGAACAACCUCGCAAACAUUUAUGGUAGCUAGUGGCCUUACGGCAGCGUCUCCCCCAAAAUUCGUCUCCCUCGAGGAAAUAAUGCACGCUGCGAACGGCAUGAGAGACAUGAAUUUGGUGCACCAAAUCGUCGUAGACGAAAAUUUUCGCUUGGAAAAGGCCGAGCCUGAAGCGAACACCGUCCAAAAAGUAAUUAAGGACACCAUGCACAAAGCCUUUUGGGAUGUUUUACGAGAAGAGCUGGCCGAAGACCCGCCUUGCUACAAUCAGGCCUUUGUCCUGCUAGAAGAAAUCAAACAAGGCCUGUUUGACCUUCUGCUUCCUCAGCAUACGAAAAUAAAGCAGCAAAUUUCUGAAGUUUUGGACAUACCUUUGAUUAAGCAACAAGCUGAAAAAGGCAUUCUAGAUUUUAAUUAUUACGCAAAUUACAUAAUAUCAUUUAUGGCUAAAAUGUGUGCCCAAGUCCGAGAUGAAAAAAUACAACAAUUGAGAGAAACCACUGAUAUCAUUGAAGUUUACAAAGAUAUUUUGGAGACAAUCGAACUGAUGUUGUUGGACAUGGCCAAUUUUACUUUGCAAAUGAUAAAGCCCGAUAUUAUCAAUCACAGCGUCGAAUUGGAAAGAGAAAAGUUUUCCAAAUACCUUGCGGUACAACCAGAUGGUCUUCAGCACACAAGAAACUGGCUCCUGAGGCACAUUGACACGACAAAACCAGUCCCGAAUGAUGUGGAAUAUGAAAAAUUCAUUAGGGAUUGUUCUAAAAAAGCUUUUACUUCUGCUUGCAUUGAAUUAUUAGAUUGGGAUAGGAAUUUGCCUUAUCCAGAAACCUUUGUCCUAGAUGAAGACAGACUUUAUGAUCUUCAAAUUAGGACUUUUCAAUUGUACGCAGUUGCUACAGUUUUACUUGUAACUCUAAGCAACGCUGGUGCUGAUUUGCAAAGUAUAAGUGCUUUUAAACAGUCUUUGAAGGCCCAUAUUACUAUUCUUUUGCAGAAUGUUAAAAAUGAAAAAGAUUUGAAAGGUGUUUUACCAAAUGUCGCUGAACAGGUUUUAAGUGACUUAAAGGAAGCCCAACAAAAAUACGACUUGUCUGGCACGAGUCCUGAAAAUGAAGCGGCCCUAAAAGCACUCAUUAUUGAUAUUGCAAAAGAGGAUCAUAAAAUAAGAGGAAUAGUCAAACAAAGAGUCAAAGACUUUUAUCUGGACAUCAUAGAGUCGGCCACUGCUGCCCCGCAAAAAGUACCCACAGGACUGACAGCCUUCCAAAAAGAACUGACAGGAAUUGCCGGUCAAUUUCUUAGAAUAGUUUCGCACAAUAGCACAGUAUUUUGCAUUUAUUAUUUUGAUAUUAUUGCAGCGGCGCUUCCCAAGCCCUCUUCUACUUAAGCAAACUAAUUGUGACUAAUAAUUUUAAUGUAACAAAAAUAAAAUUAUACUUUUUAUACAGUGAUAAUUACUUAAUUUAUGGUGGUAAUUGAUAUUGUGAGUUAACAUAGGCAUAGUGAUAAUAAUAUAUUAAAUUUAAUA